UCGAGCAAGCUCUGUACUCUUCCUCGUAGCCGCCAAGCCCGUUUCUCAUCCGAUUUGCGUCGACCUGCCGCUUGCUGUAGCCAAGCCACGCUCGAAUCCUACGAACAAGAAUUUUCCGACGCGUACAGUCUGCCUUUUAUUCGCACGACUUUCCCAGUGUCUCUUGUCGUGAUCUCUCAAUUAUGUGAAACAAACUGUACACGCAAAGUUUUUCAGUGAGGAUUAUACGUGGAAUAUUGGUGGAUGUUAAAAAGUUAUGCUAGUGCUGUUUGGAAUGCCGAUACGUGGAUUAAGAAUUUUCUACUGUAAACACUGUACGUCUUACGGGCACAGAUGAAAAUCCGAUCCACCAUAAUCUUGUUUAUGAUAGAAGAUAAUGGACACCGGUGAUAGACUCAGAAUUGGUGCAGUCAGCAAGGUGCAAAAAGGCUAAAUAAGUAGUUCAGGAAAGAAGUUUUCAAUUUCGUAAUAAAAAUUCUACUCAACAAUACAAACUUUGUUUCUUGUUUUUUUCAUUGAAAAAUGAAACAUUCGUUUGGAAAUGUAAGUAGUAACGUUUAUUAAAUACGCACAAUUCCAUAGAAGGAAGUCAGUCGCUGAACUGUAAUAAAAGAUUGAAGCGAAUGAAGGAAAGAGAAAGGAAAUCGAAAUUAAUGCAAUAGUAAUUAGAUGAAACGUUCAAGAUCAAUGAAGAAACUCCGUGCGUAAAAUAUGGAAUUAGAACGAUGAAGAAAGUGAAGGUCUGAGCACUCGAAAGGAAAAUGAAAUUCCAUAACUGUGCGUUGCUUUGAAUUGUCCGCAUGUUGAACGCCAGCUCAUCGCGCGGAACGCAACGCGAUUGGGAAAACUCUUUCGUUAGAAAUGAGGUCGUGCGAUCCCCCGGAAUAAAAUAUCGUAGUACCGCUUACCAUUAGAGUACAAAGUAUCGUAGGAUUGAACAAAAAAAAAAAGAAAAUAAUUGUUGGAUGUAUCUAGGAUGCAUGUGGGAUUGCUAGCUCCUACGCCGAUGCUUGCUACGCCUAUGCGCCGGAAAACUUCGCCAGAACGUUUGCCUAUUUUAUUUUUCUAAUAGAUUCGCAAUUGCAGUACAUUUUCCCUUUUCAAUUGGUAAGACAAAUACUUGAGAAAGAAAAUGAGAAUUUAUUGUUACAAAAUUUGCCAAAAAUGGGUAUUUUGUGAACAAGAAAAAUAUAGAUGAAAAGAAGAAAAGAUAUCGAUAGAAAAUGCUUCAUCAGACGUGUUAAAAAGGAAAACGUCGGAUUUUCGAAACGAAGUUUUCCGAAAUGGAUAGAAACGAUAACAAUGUGAGUGUCGGGAAUUCGGGAAAUCCCCCGAAUUCGUCUUCGACGACUCACGGUAUUCUUCACAAUACUUCCGGCGGAACUGAUAUACAGAAUGGGGACAGAGGAUGGGAGGUCCAUCAUGUUACUGUUACCCGAGUUCCUGGUUAUGGAUUUGGGAUUGCUGUUUCUGGAGGUCGUGAUAAUCCCCAUUUUACCAAUGGUGAUCCUGCCAUUGCAAUUUCUGAUGUUCUAAAGGCUGGUCCAGCUGAAGGAAAAUUGCAAGUAAAUGAUCGUAUAAUAUCUGCAAAUGGAAUAUCAUUGGAAGGUGCUGAUUAUGGGGCAGCAAUUCGUGUUCUUAGAGAUUCAGGAUCAACAGUCUUAUUGGUUGUGAAACGUAGAGCUUUGUCAAAUUCUUCUAAUACUCUGGGAAACUCUACUCUUCAGAGUCAUCGAUUGACACUUACAAGAAACAAUAAGAAGGAUGAUUUUGGAAUUGUUCUUGGUUGCCGUCUGUAUGUGAAAGAAGUAACUCGCGAGAAUACAGGAGUAAAGCCUGGGGAUGUUUUAACUCGAAUUGGCAGUGUAGCUACAGAUAACAUGAGUUUGAAAGAAGCUAAGAAAUUAAUGGAUCAGUGUAAAGAUAGACUGUCAAUUGUAGUAACUCGAGAUAAUUCCUGCUGUCACGUUCAACAGCAAGCUAAAAGUGAGACUGGGGAGUAUCUUUCUGGGACAACCAGUUACAGUAGUCAAAAUUUGUAUGUUCCACCGCCAACAAGGCAACCCAUAGAAGACAAGAGUAAUCUUGUUCCUAGGGGUCGAGCUAGAGGACCAUUAAUGGAUGUUUCUCUUAGUCAGUUGGAUCUUCCUGCUACUCCUACUGUGGAUCCUCCAAGACCACCACCUCCUAGACCAGAGGAUUAUUAUAGCACAAGAAGGCAACUGUAUGAUGAUGAUUUAUCUAGGAAUAAACUUCCAAUGCCAGAUCCUCGGUUUAUUACCUUCCAAAAAGAAGGCUCAGUAGGUGUUCGUUUAAGUGGCGGAAAUGAAACCGGUGUUUUUGUAACAGCUGUUCAAGCAGGAAGUCCAGCCUCUCUUCAGGGUUUACAACCUGGAGAUAAAAUUUUGAAGAUCAAUGAUAUGGAUAUGAAAGGAGUAACAAGGGAAGAAGCUGUCCUUUUCUUGCUCAGCCUACAAGAACAAAUAGACUUGAUCGUUCAACAUCGACGACAAGAGUACGAUCAAGUAGUAGCGUCUGGGAAGGGUGAUUCUUUUCACGUAAAAACACACUUUCAUUAUGAGCAACCUCAAAAAGGUGAAAUGAGUUUCCGUAGCGGAGACGUUUUUCAUGUAGUGGAUACGCUGCACAAUGGAGUUGUUGGUUCGUGGCAAGUCUUCCGUAUUGGUAGGAACAAUCAGGAAGUACAGAAAGGGAUUAUACCGAAUAAAGCUCGAGCUGAAGAACUAGCUACAGCACAAUUCAAUGCUACGAAGAAGGAAAUGAGUGCCAGUGAAAGCAGGGGUAGCUUCUUUAGGAGAAGAAGAAGCAGUCACAGGCGUUCGAAAUCUCUCGGCAGAGAUCACUGGGACGAUGUAGUGUUUUCAGAUAGUGUUAGCAAAUUUCCAGCCUACGAAAGAGUAAUUCUUCGACAUCCAGGUUUUGUUAGACCCGUCGUGCUGUUUGGACCUGUUGCGGAUCUAGCCAGGGAAAAACUUUUAAAAGACUUUCCUGAUAAAUUUACAUCUCCGCAAAUGGAGAACCAACUGGACGAUAACGUUGGAAAAAACACGAAAUCGUCAGGUAUCAUUCGACUGAGCGCAAUCAGGGAAGUAAUGGAUCGUGGAAAACACGCUUUAUUAGAUAUUACUCCAAACGCGGUGGAUCGAUUGAAUUACGCGCAAUUCUACCCUAUAGUUAUUUUUCUAAAAGCUGAAACGAAACAAAUUAUUAAAGAAAUGCGUGCUGGAAUUCCUAAAUCGGCACAUAAAAGUAGUAAAAAACUUCUGGAACAAUGUCAGAAACUAGAUAAAAUUUGGGGCCAUAUCUUCAGCGCAGUGAUUACACUGACAACACCGGAAGCUUGGUAUCGAAAACUAAGAGAGCUGAUCGAUCGACAACAGCAGGGAUUACUUUGGAUGAGUCAAACCAAGCCGGAAGAAGCACUCUCGGAUGACUUCCUAUUCCCGAUGACAUCUCGCCUCUCCUAUGCUUCCUCCCCGGAGAGUGACUUGGAACUCAGUCCGGCACCAGCUUUACCAGGUGCUCUGGGUGCACCUUCUAGAUUGAAAAGCAGCUCAGAUCCAAGUAUUGCAACACAAGAUGAUAUCGCUGCACCACCACCAUACUCAACCACUUAUCAGCAAUCGUUUGAACAACCAAAAAGGAGAUCACAGGGAGGAAUGGGAGAUGGAAAGUAUGGAUUCUCGUUAUCAGGUCAAGUUAGCAAUCAGUCAGGAUCACCCGAGUAUCUAGGUGGUUCGUUCGAACCAAGAUCAUCUCAUCAUAGUCCUCCUGAUUUACCUCCACGAGUGGAUCGAAACGCAAAACCCACUAAUCAGCAACAACAGCAACAACAAAGAAACACGAUUGGAAGAUCUGCUCAGGAACGAUUGCUUAAUAAAACAGAUUCGGUUCUGGAUGUUGCAAAUUACAUAAAUGCGACACCACAUAAAGCUAAUGCCACGUCAUCGCUCGAAAGAGCUCAGCCAAAAGCCGGAAGCUAUGAUAGCAUGUCUUCGUAUGAUUCCUAUAAUAACACAAACGGGAAUGCUAGUUAUGGAGCACCAGGUUUAAAUACAUCGACUGGUCGAUUGGGUCCAAAUGUACCUGACGAUUUAAAAAGUAGCGGUGCACCAGCCAGGUCGCAUGAUCCUUACAGAUUCACUAGAUCGACAGCACAACCGAUCCCUAGCCACGAUUCGCAACCACGUACUGAUUAUGCCAAAUACAGCCGCACAACCGAUUACAAAUCAAUCACACUUCCACAAAAUAAACCUGGAGGAUCAUACAAACCCAUACCGCCUCCAAAACCAAAAAACUAUAGACCACCCCAAGCAAACUUAGCACAAUCAGAGAAUAAUGGAAAUGAAGGGAAUAAUACUCAUCAACAUUCGAAAAGUUAUUCUAUUGCUACAUCUCAUGUAGAAGGCAGUAAUAACGCGCAACGCAACAGUGGACAGUAUUAUUAUAAUAUUCCACCUCCAAAUAGACAUGAUUCAAAUCUUGGAAAUUCUCACCAUAAUUUGAGCCAUCUUUCAACACCUGCUCAUAAUCAUAGUCUGAGUCAUACACAUGCACAUUGUAGCCCACCGAUGUCAACUCAUAGUCAUAGUAAUAGUGCCAGUCAGUUGAGCCUUGGUCUCUCGCAUAAUAGAAACAACGUCAAUCAUAAUGGAUUUGUUGUAAACAAUGGUCACAGUGGACCUACACAAAGUUUUCCAACUAGUCCAGGGCAUAAUCGAGAACCGAGUGGGCUAGAUCUCGCUGGAAGUAGGGAACAAAGAGGAAGUGCCUUUGAACUUUAUCGCAAACCUGUACAUCAUUACAGUGCAAGUUAACAUGCGCAAGGGAUUUGUAAUUAAAUAAUGAGAAAGAAAAUCAACGGAAGAUUUUAAUUUUAUUAACUUGAAAUGGACAUUCGACAUUGUAGAAAUCUAAAUAUCGUAAUAGAAAUGAUUAGUGAUAAACAAUAAGAAUUUCAGAAAGGAUGUCAAUUCUCAAGAAAGAGUUAGUUAAGAACUAUAACAUUGAAUUUGUUUCGUUUUUCCACUCUGAUUUUGUAUAUACAAUUUUAAUAAAAAAAAAUAUAUAACAAAGUUUUGCAGAAAUAAUUGUUGAAUAAAUGAACGCAUUAAUAAAAUAAACCAACCUCCUUAUUUCUUUUAAUAUAAUAGUAGGAUAUAUUACUUAAAAUAAAUCGAGUAUUAAAUCUAUACAGUUUCUAAUAUUGCAAAUAUAUGUUAUAAGCUAAUUCAUAAAAUUUUAGAAAAAUACUUUUUGAUUUUUUUUUUUUAACAAAAAAAGAUUUAAUAAUUCGUUGUACAUAAAAAAUUAAUUUUCUAAGAAACAUAUCUAAAGAAUAAGUCAGGAUUUUUACAGGGCAACUUUACUUUUGUACAAUGUCAAUGUACAUUGAUAACAUUAAGAUUUCUAUUACAUUUCUAGUGAACCGUUCCCAAAAUUGACAUGAACUUCCUUUCGAGAAACUUCCAUAGAAUUUCCCUGCAAAAUUGCCCAGGAAGAACAAAGGAAGGGGAACAGUUUAACUCUUAAUUGCUAUGAUAUCUUCAAAAAUUUUAUAAACAUCUUAAUUAUAAAAAAAAAGAAUAUAAAAAAUGUUUUUCUACUGAACUGAUACUAACAGUUUAGAUAUGUUUUUAAUAUUUCUGUAAUUAUUUUAAUAAAACUUACAGUAAUAUAAAAUGUAAAAUUAACAUGGAAUGAAUUUAUACGAUUGAAGUUUAUUCUUAAUCACAUCAAUUAAGAGUUACCCUGUUGUAUCAUUUGAUUCUUAUAAUUAUUGUAACAAUUCUUGUUAACUAAAUUAACUAAAACUAAUAGUUCGCAAAUAUAGGCUCCUGUUAUCAUAAUAUACUACCAGUGUUUCCAUAACGCUUUUAAUGUACAAUAGUACGUAUCAAUAUAUUUAUAAAAAAUUUAAAAUGAUAAUAAUCAUCACUCCACUAAUAAUCUCUUAUUGUUUAUA